AUGACUUCGGGCCCCCAAACCAUCGUCCUGAUCACCGGCGCAAACCAAGGCAUUGGCUACGCAGCCGCCGAGCAACUUCUCAAACGGAAGAACUAUUACAUUCUCCUCGGCUCGCGCAAUGCAGAAAGCGGCGCAAAAGCUGCCGCCGAGAUGGACCCUUCAGGCAAAUUGGUGGAGCCAAUCACCAUAGAUGUGACAGACGAUGCAUCCAUUCAAGAAGCAGCAGGCCACAUCGCAUCAAAGCACGGCCGAAUAGACGUCCUGAUCAACAAUGCCGGUAUCAACAACGAAUUAUCUCUCUACUCGAAGCAACAAGAGAGUACAGAGAGCAAACCAGAUCUCGCAGCCUUGCGUCAGAUAUACCGUGACGCAUACGAAGUCAACCUCUUCGGCGCGGCAAUCACAACAGAAGCCUUUACACCUCUUCUGGAGAAGGUAAUAGCUAAACCUGCGCGCAUCGUCUUUGUAUCAUCGCAUACCGGCUCUAUUGGUCUCCGUGUUGAUCAGUCUUCUAACUUCUACGAGAGGAUGAGCCAGCCCUCGUUCCCAGUUUAUCGUAGCAGCAAGACUGCGAUGAACAUGCUCACGCUGCAUUAUGCAGCUAAAUUCAAGGAGCAGGGGUGGAAGGUUAAUGCGUCGUGUCCGAAUUUGACAAAGUCGGCUUUCUCUCGAUUCAGUGAUUUGGGAAGGUCUCCGACCGAGUCUGCAGUUAAUAUUGUGCGGUUGGCAACUCUGUCGGAUGAUGGAGAGACAGGUAAAUACUCAGAUGAGAAUGGUGUGGUUGAUUGGUAG